ACUGAAAAUCAUCUGGAUCUGGCCGCGAUCUGUCAACAUGGAAAGGCUGGUGGGGAGCGUCAUGCGCAAUGCGAAUAUUCUAUUAUUUUCUCUUCCAGAAAGGGUCUUUUGGUGACGCAUAGUGAGGUCUUGCGCAUUCGUCAAAAAAAGAAAAUGCAGUAACGUACUGAGCCAAAAAGAAGAAUGAAUCCCACAGAAAUAGAUGUGGUGAUGAUUCUACUUAAAUUAUGGGAAGUCACUUGAAACAGACUCUAACUGCAAAUAUCCAUAGAAUAAGAGAAUUUGAACUAGAAAAGGUAAAUCUGAUAGAUGAAUUCGACAUCUUGCAAAUAGUAGGUGAAGGAUGGUUCGGAAAAAUUCUUCUGGUUGAACACAAGGCCACAGAUACGGAAACGGUUUUGAAGGCCUUGCCGAAACCCUACACCGCUCUGAAGGACUUCUACAGGGAGUUCCAUUACGGCCUCCAUUUGGGCGUCCACAAGAACAUCAUCACUGCGUACGAUGUGGCGUUUGAGACUGCAGGAUUCUACGUAUUUUCUCAGGAAUAUGCUCCACUAGGUGAUCUAACAUCAAACGUCUCAGAAAUCGGUAUAGGGGAGUUGCACACCAAAAGGGUAGCUAAGCAGCUGGCCGCGGCCCUGGACCACAUGCACAGCAGGGACCUGGUACACCGGGAUGUGAAAUUAGACAAUAUUCUAGUGUUUAAGUCGGACUUUUCCAGGAUAAAGUUGUGCGAUUUCGGCGAGACGCGCAGGGUGGGCUCGGUGGUGCUCAGGAGGAACGAGUGGCUGCCCUAUGCCGCUCCGGAGAUCCUGGAAAUUGCCACAGACGGCAACUAUAGUUGUAACACUUCCCACGAUGUCUGGCAGUUCGGUAUUGUGAUCUUCGUGUGUCUCACCGGUUGCUUGCCGUGGCAGAAGGCAGCUUUUGACGACCCCCGGUAUGUCAAGUACAUAUCGUGGCAGAACAGCACCUUGCCAAUCAAGAGACAGCCGAAACUCUUCAAGUUGGUCUCCUCCAAGGCACAGAGAUUCUUCAAGAGGUACUUGGAGCCCAGAGUUGAGAGAAGACCAACGAAUUUGUCAGAUGUAUCAAGGUAUUUAGAGGACAGAUGGAUGUCAAAAGGAAUGGAAAAAACCAACGAAACCCUAAAGGAAGAAGAAGGACUAUGCCCGUCCAUGUACAGUUUCCACAGUUCCCCCGACGAGAAAAACAAACUACUUUUUUCCCUCACCCAGUAUGGUCUGGAAACCACCGUGGAUCGGAACGCGAAAAAAGACAGGAUACGCCAAUGGAUCCAGAGCAGCGUCAUAGAAGAGGAAGGUGAAGAGGACAACGAAGCAAUCAGCGAUGAAGAAAACAUCAAAAUUCGUGAUAACCAAAACGGACCUAUGGGUGAACGAAUGCAACAUAGAGGACCAAUUGCUGAAAACCGAGUUACUGAGAAAGGUAGACAGAAUUCACUGACCAGGAGAGAAGAACGGAGAGAACGAAGAAUGUCGUUGCUGAAACAGCAACAAGUUAAAGAAUACAAACCACCUGUCGAUCCAAGAAUCCCACUCACAGUUCAGAAAAAUCCUCCUCCUGUAUCAAAACCUGAUGAAAAUAGAGUAACAUUUAAUCCAUCUUCUUUGAACGGGAAUGCCAACAAAACAAUACAAUCUUCAGUCAAAAAGACGAGUAAUGGACACGUUUCAAGCAACGUUAUAAACUCAGAAAGAAAAACUGUCGAACGGAGAGCCAUAGUGAGUGCUCUGCCCUUUAAAAAUGUUAAAAUUCUAACGGGUAGUCCUACAAAUUCUUCGGAAAGUACGCGGAGUAGUGAUAGUUCCACGAUAAGGAACAAAAUCAACGUUCAGUACCCGCAGAGUAAGGUUAUAGCUGAAAGUAACGGUAGGGAAGUACGGAGAAGAUUGCAGAAUUAGAGUUUCGUAAGAUUUUAUCAAUAUAUUAUGUAGUUUAAUUUAAAUAUACAGGGUCUGGCAAUAGUGCGUCGGGCAUCUGUAGAGUAAAAAACUUGUGAAUUUGCCUUAAAAAAGUGCGAGUGGAUCGGGAUGAUU